CUCGAAGAAGAGCAGCUGACAAGAAGAAUUGUGUGACAAAACUGUUCUAAGUUUGCACACGUGCAAGUUUUGACUUCUCCUUUUUGGCUACAGAAGAAGUGAAGCGACAACAUGGUUCGGUGGUUCCACAGAGACAUCAGCGGCUUGGAGGCCGAGGCCAUGCUGAAGUCACGCGGUAUUCACGGCAGCUUUUUGGCUCGACCCAGCAAGAAGAACGUAGGAGAUUUCACCCUCUCUGUCAGGGUGGGUGAUCUGGUGACCCACAUCCGGAUCCAAAACACAGGCGACUACUAUGACUUGUAUGGAGGAGAGAAGUUUGCCACGCUGUCUGAGCUGGUGGAGUACUACACGAUGGAGAAUGGGAUACUGCAGGACAGGGACGGCACCAUCAUUGAGCUCAAAUACCCCUUCAACUGUUCCGACCCCACCACAGAGAGGUGGUACCACGGUCAUCUGUCCGGGCAGAAUGCAGAGAAGCUCCUCGCUGCUCGAUCUGAGCCGGGGACCUAUUUGGUAAGAGAGUCACUGUCCAAACCCGGAGACUUUGUUCUGUCUGUGCUGACGGAUGAGCUGAAUAAAGCAGGAGGAAAGAGGGUCUCCCACAUCAAGGUCAUGUGCCAGAAUGACAGAUAUACAGUGGGAGGAUCGGAGACGUUCGACACGCUAACAGACUUGGUUGAGCACUACAAACGUGAAGGGAUUGAGGAGAUUUCUGGAAACUGGGUCCAUCUGAAACAGCCUUAUUACUCCACUAGAGUGAACGCGGCAGAUAUCGACAGCAGAGUGAAACUGUUGGACCAGACCACACAGCAGCAGCAAGAGAGCGACGGAGGGAAGAGCAAAGCUGGUUUUUGGGAGGAAUUUGAUGCUCUUCAAAAGUUGGAGGCAAAGGUGAAAAAGAGCAGAGAGGAAGGCCAGAGGCCUGAAAACAAAAGCAAAAACAGAUAUAAGAACAUACUGCCCUUCAACGACACCAGGGUCGUCCUGCAGAACGCUGAUCCUAACGUUGUGGGUUCAGAUUACAUUAACGCCAACUACGUUAAAAACACCCUGUGGGAGUCAAGCAAUCAGAAAGUUUACAUCGCCACGCAGGGAUGCCUCGCAACAACGGUCAAUGAUUUCUGGCAGAUGGUGUGGCAGGAAAACACAAGGGUGAUCGUCAUGACAACAAGAGAAGUGGAGAAGGGGCGGAAUAAAUGUGUUCCUUACUGGCCAGAUGAACAGGCCUCCAAGGAGCUGGGGUCAUACGUAGUGACAUGUAAGUCACAGAGGGAGGCUGCCGAUUACAAAGUCCGAGUCCUGGAGGUUUCUCCUGUGGAUCAGUCUAAUCAGACCCGUACCAUAUGGCACUACCAGUACAUGAGCUGGCCUGACCACGGUGUGCCCCAGGAGCCGGGCGGCGUCCUCAGCUUCCUCACGCAAGUCAAUUCUAAACAGGUUGAAUAUCCCACUUCUGGACCGAUGAUCAUCCACUGCAGUGCCGGGAUUGGACGGACAGGCACCAUUGUGGUGAUUGACAUGAUCCUUGAGACCAUUGACACGCUAGGUAUGGACUGUGAUAUUGACAUCCCAAAGUACAUCCAGAUGGUGCGGGAGCAGCGCUCCGGCAUGGUGCAGACAGAGACUCAAUACAAGUUUAUCUACGUUGCUGUGUCUGAGUACAUCCAGUCCAUCAAGGUCAAAGACUACGCCUCCCUGGACACUGAAAUGGAAUAUGGAAAUCUGCAACUCAAACACCAACCAGUGGGCAGGAAGGUAUCAAAGUAAAAACAGCGAAGACGUGUAUGAGAAUCUGUCAAAAGGAAAGAAAGAGGGAAAGAAGUCCAAGUCGGACAAGAAAAGCGGCUCAGUGAGGAAACGAUAGAAGAGGCUGUGAUGUUUUACCAAAAAUAUGUUAUUAGUUAUAUUUAUAAAAGUGCUCCUUUGAUUAAAUGAUUUGUCAUUCAUUGGAGAGCUCAUACAGAAUGACAUUAAGAUUUCUAAAUGAAGUGAAGAAAACUCACUGAUGAAAUAUUUAAUCAAAUAAAGAGCGAGUGUU